CUCUUUUCGCAUCUCGACCGACCGCAGCCUACUUACUGCGCAGGCGCACCACGCACGGCCUUUUCCCAGUCCUCCAGCGCCCUUACGUUGCGCUGUGACUCUCCGGUCCUCACCCCGACGGGACAAAUCGCGGCGAAAUGGGGUUUGUUAAAGUUGUCAAGAACAAGGCUUACUUCAAGAGGUACCAGGUCAAGUUCCGCAGAAGGAGAGAGGGCAAGACUGACUACUAUGCUCGCAAGCGCUUGGUCAUCCAGGACAAGAACAAAUACAAUACACCCAAGUACAGGAUGAUUGUCCGUGUCACUAAUAGAGACAUCAUCUGCCAGAUUGCUUAUGCCAGAAUUGAAGGAGACAUGAUAGUUGGUGCUGCUUAUUCUCAUGAGCUGCCAAAAUACGGAAUCAAAUGUGGGCUCACCAACUAUGCCGCAGCUUACUGUACAGGCCUGCUGCUGGCUCGCAGGCUUCUUAACAAGUUUGGCCUUGACAAAAUCUAUGAAGGCCAAGUGGAAGUGACUGGUGACGAGUACAAUGUGGAGAGCAUUGAUGGUCAACCUGGUGCCUUUUCAUGCUACUUGGAUGCCGGUCUGACCAGAACUACCACAGGAAACAAAGUAUUUGGCGCAUUGAAAGGAGCAGUAGAUGGCGGCCUCUCCAUUCCUCACAGCACCAAGCGUUUCCCUGGCUACGACUGUGAGAGCAAAGAGUUCAACGCUGAAGUCCACCGUAAACACAUUAUGGGUCAGAACGUGUCUGACUACAUGCGCCUUCUAAUAGAGGAAGAUGAGGAUGCGUACAAGAAACAGUUCUCUCAGUACAUCAAGAAUGGCGUCACAGCAGACCAGAUUGAAGAAAUUUACAAAAAGGCCCAUGCUACCAUUCGAGAGAAUCCUGUACAUGAAAAGAAACCCAAGAAAGAAGUUAAAAAGAAGAGGUGGAAUCGUGCCAAAAUGUCUCUGGCACAGAGGAAAGACCGCGUUGCACAGAAAAAAGCAAGUUUCCUCAGAGCUCAGGAGAAAGCUGCUGCUGACAGUUAGACUUAAGCAUCAGGCAAUUUUCUAUGAGAGUCUUGGAAUACUACAAAUAAAUAUAUUGACACAA